AGCCAGGCGUCUAGCCCCCCUCGAGGCGUGGGGAGCAUAGCUUUCGGAGCCUGCCGGGGGUGGGCCGAGGGGAGAGGAGGGAACUGCGCGGGGGCCUGCGUCGGCCCCGCCGGACUUGCGCUUGGACUCCAGCCACGCCCUCUCCCGCACUCCCCCCUUACGAGGCGGUACCUGCUGCCGGGACGGACAGACAGAGGAGCGAAUGAAAGCACGGAGGCCGGCCCCUCCAUCCAUUCAGAGAGCGCGGUGGGGGCGGAGCCUGGUGGCCUCCGCCUCCCUCUCCAGAGGACUCCCUCGGGGGCGGGGGUGGAAGACUGGGAGCAGAAGAGUGGAGGCGCAAGAGGACCAGUGAUGGAGGAGAAUCCCGACCCAGGGGAGGAGCGCCAGCCCUGCUCUGUGUCCAUGGAUCUGCAGGGAGAUGGUGCCUUGCAGGUAGAGAUCUCUGAUGCAGUCAGCGAGAGGGACAAAGUGAAAUUCACAGUUCAUACCAAGAGCUGCCUGCCACACUUCAGCCAGACUGAGUUCUCUGUAGUUCGGCAACAUGAGGAAUUCAUCUGGCUUCACGAUGCAUACACAGACAACGAAGACUACGCGGGCAUCAUUAUACCCCCAGCACCCCCCAAGCCAGACUUUGAAGCUUCCCGGGAAAAGCUGCAAAGGCUGGGGGAAGGUGACAGCUCCGUCACCAGAGAAGAGUUUGCUAAAAUGAAACAAGAGCUCGAGGGGGAGUAUUUGGCCAUCUUUAAGAAGACAGUAGCCAUGCAUGAAGUAUUCCUGCAGCGCCUGGCUGCCCAUCCUACCCUCCGGCGGGACCACAACUUGUAUGUCUUCUUGGAAUAUGGCCAAGAUCUGAGCGUUCGUGGGAAGAAUAAGAAGGAACUGUUUGGCGGGUUUAUCAGGAACAUUGUGAAGUCAGCAGACGAGGCUCUCAUUACUGGUGUGUCAGGACUGAAGGAGGUGGACGAAUUCUUUGAGCACGAGAGGACCUUCUUGUUGGAGUAUCACACUCGCAUCCGGGAUGCCUGCCUGCGUGUGGACCGGGUCAUGCGCUCCCACAAGUGCCUGGCUGAGGAUUACAUCCCCGUCUCUGCCGCGCUGAGCAGUCUGGGCACACAGGAAGUACACCAGCUAAAGACGAGCUUUCUCAAAUUGGCUGAACUAUUUGAACGUCUGAGGAAACUGGAGGGCCGAGUAGCCUCGGAUGAGGACCUCAAACUGUCAGACAUGCUCCAUUACUACAUGAGGGAUGCACAGGCAGCCAAGGACCUGCUGUACCGGCGGCUGAGAGCGCUGGCAGACUACGAGAACGCCAAUAAGGCCCUGGACAAAGCCCGAAUGAGAAACCGGGAGGUUCGGUCGGCAGAGACCCACCAGCAGCUCUGCUGCCGGCGCUUUGAGCACCUGUCGGACUCAGCCAGGCAGGAGCUCACAGACUUUAAGGCUCGCCGGGGAUCUGCUUUCCGAAAGAACCUCAUUGAGUUGGCUGAACUGGAACUCAAACAUGCUAAGGCCAGUACGCUCCUUCUAAGAAACACCCUCACUGCCCUCAAGGGAGAGCCCUAGCAUCCUCUCCUCCCUCCCUGGCCUGCUCCUGAAGCCCAGCCCCAGCCUUCCCCACCCAACGCCUGGGGAAGGGGCCACAACACUUGGCAGAGGCCAUGACCAGGCCAAGCAAGGGGGCUUCCAGAGAAAGACGGCCUCAGACCUACGGAGGCCAGCGGCGUCCUGCCUCCACUAACGGAAAUAAAGGUGCCUGCUAUGGAUCCUGCAUGUCGCGUGCUCCCUCUGAAGCUGGCUGCACCCACAGCGGGCUUAUCUGGCAGAGCUCCUGCUCGGCCUGGCUCAAGGGAGAAGAGCCCAAGCCAGGGCCUCCCCCAAGAACCGGGAGAAGGCUCAGGAGGAGCCUGGCCUAGGCCAGGGCUGCAGUUAAGACCCCGAGAAAAGGGCUGUCCUGCAGCUAGAAGGCACUGAUCAAAGGGGCCCAGGCGAUAGCUCGGCCAGAACUCGGGGGAGAGACGGGCAAAGGGAGCCUGCCCUGCCGUGCUUUGCUUUGUCCCACCCCCCACCCUGCCCAGAAAACAACCACCUGCAGAGCAGCUCACCUUUUCUUUAUUUGUCUUUUUUUUUUUAAAUUGAACUUUCCUUUUACUGGCCACAUGAGUAACUGGGGGUAGGGGAGCUGGCUGUAUGGGGGAGGGGGUCUCCACAACAUUCCAUUUAUACACAAAACUAAACAACGAGCACAAAGCCACUAUUGCGGUUAGAAGUUGGCAGCACCGGGGAAGGGGGAAAACUAGGGGUGUCAGUUAAAAAAAAAA